AUGAAAGCCUCCCGUCGUGCUGCUCGUUGUCGGUAUGGGCCGAAACGUCGAGAUGCACGAUUGGCCACCGGUGCGCCCCCAGAUGCUGACGACUGGCUCCACGUGUGCCAGAAACCUGGCAGCGAGGGCGGCACGCAGGUUGAACCGAUCGUCUGGGAGGAGUGGAGAGCUGAGAGGGAGGGCGAGACGUACGAUUACGAGAUCGACGACCCCGAGCUUACCUCCUUAGUUAAGACUGAUGUCCAGAACCUUCGUUCUUAUUUUAGGGACGCGCCCAAGAGGCGUGUGGUCCCAGAGGGCACUGCCCCUCUCGAACUCUGGCAUAUGUGUCUCUUUCCUCGGUGGCGAAUGCAGCAGGAAAUAGGCGUGGGCGCGAGCGAGGGCCCCCCCGACAACAAGACCCGGUGGUUCCUCUUGCACGUUGGACUCUUGAAGAUUCGACGGCAUAGCAUCACCCCCCUGUACUGGCACCGCAGUCAGGCCGCGGCGCUCCCGAAGUCAUUGAUGGUGGGCCCCCUGGGCAAGCGUGUCGUGCAUUGGGGCGACAUCAGGGCAGACCUCUCGUUGAUUAAGUGCGCUGACGACUUGAAUAUGGUUAUCUUAGCAGAUUUUGGGACUUCACUGGAGGGGUUUCUUGGGGAGAUCAGAUUAUCGGACGAGAUCUUGAAUGAAAAGUUAGCUCUCUUCGGGCUCGGUCAGAACAUGUCUAAUCAACAGUUGCUUUUCCACUUCUCGAGGUUGUCGCAUACGUGUAAGAAGAUACUUCGGGGCCAUCCUCGGCUUGCGGAGGGCACUCCCAAGGAUGAGGCUCGGUACCCGGGCCCGUUCCUCGUGCAGCGUGAGUCUGCCGCUCAUGAGAUCGGGGAGCGCCUCCAGGUCCUGAACUACUGGAAGGUGGCACCGAGUGAGGUCGAGAUGGCAGUCCGCCGCUUGGGCAUGUACCAAGGUUGGGCAAAGGACCCCGAGAGCAGUGGCCAAGCCCAAGCCGAACGGAAGCCCAAGCAUUUCAAGCAGUCGUCCCAGGGAGACACAGCACCCCGCAUGCUCGUAAAUACGAUGGCCCGCCUCGUGCUCGGCGACAGUCCGGAGAUCGCCGCCAUGGCGGCAUGCGUCUUCCUCAAAGUCGAACUCCUGAUGGGCAGCGGUCUCGCUGCGGCUUGCCUCAAGGCAGGGAAACCAUGCGACGACGAUUCGAGGGCCCUCAAGGAGCGCGCGAAGGAGGGAGGGGACGAGGCCGGGCGCGCCACCAGGGAGGAUAUGCUCGCGAGAGGUCCGCCCCACUUGCACAUUCUUUUCAGGGAUCUCAGGGAGAGCAAGAUAAAUAAUAUCGGCAUGAACGAGUUGUCUCGGUCGCGCGGGAUGUUUCGGAUCAAAACCGUGAAGAAAAUCGAGGGGGGGCCGCAGAAAGCCAUCAUCAGGUUCUCGUUCCACAGGGAGAUGGAGGAGCUCGUGGACGAGGCCACGGCGGACGGCUAUAGACUCCGCCCCGUGUACCACCACCAGAAGAUUGGCUUCGUGGUCUCCGACUUCAACGCCAAGACUCGCAUCUGCCUGGCCGAGUAUCCGCGCGCGCGAAGUACGGGGCGUACUACAAGCGCUCGAGCAGGAUACACUAUCACGACGAGUACGAGCUCUCCAAGGUGGGCGACGUGGUCAUCAUCGCGCCGACUCGAAAGCUGA